AUGUCUUCAACUGUGGCAAACAACACUGCGCCACAUCCUCCUACCAUACACUACCCCCAGCCAGAAAGGCCAGCGAGCCAUGGUGUGACGCCGCCAUUCUCCAGCUCUGCGAGUAUUCGCUCUUCCCCACAAUAUACGCACCCAGCAGGCGUCAACUUCCAGCACCAGUUGAUAAAGCCCAGCGAGGAUCUCCAACGCUAUCUGGACUUCCAGCUCACAACGCCGAAGUUGAAUCGGAUUCAUCAUCUGCUAUGGCUCGCUGGCCUCCCACGGGCAGCCCGGCCACUGCAUCGACAGAAGCUGAUGAAGCGUGCGAUUAUCCUCACGGAAUCCCCAGAUGAGCACUUGGUCUGGAGCCCCGGGCAGAUCCUCAUCAAACCCGUCCCGGAAUAUCUUCUGGACCACGAGUUUUGGUUGCGGGAGCUCUGUCCUCAUCGAGAACUGCACGCUGCCGCAUGUGGGCUGCUUCUAUCUUAUGCGUGGCUCAUUACUGGAUUGAUCGAUUUCCAACUCGCCAAGGACGAGCGUAUUUUUCCCUGUGAUGUCACUUGGGAUGCAUGGACCCUAUUAAUCCGGCAGUUCCUCGAGUGGGUGGACAAUGAGAAUGAUGACGAUAGAUGUAGUACUUCCCUGCCCACAGAAAAGGAUUAUGUUUCCCAACCCCAGCCUGCAAUCAUCAACAAGCGCUACGAGUUUGGCGAGUUGCGCUUGAGCCGCCUGAAUUCCCUGUACCGAUUAGCGCCCGUGACCUUUUCUAUCCGCAACCUCGUGUUUGGGUUUCUUCCCAGUUCCACAUGGUACCAGGAGUUCUUCGAGCGUAAUUUCUCGUGGAUCCUGGCGGUUUUAGUAUACAUGUCAGUUCUGUUGUCGGCCAUGCAAGUGGGACUGGCGACCGAGGCGCUGCAGGGGAAUCUGCAGUUUCAGAGGGUUUGCGUCGUCUUCACCUUGGCGUCUAUUUUCUUCACGACUCAGCCUCGCGAAUGCGUGCCUUGGAUUAGUGAUGAUGCAGGUGGUGGUGCCCUGCUGCAACUUCUGGGUGGCAGUGCCGCAGCUCAGAGCAGUGCGAUAAGCCGCUAA